UGGAAAUAUUUUGAUGUAUCAAUAUAAUCAAAGUCAUUCUAUUAGAAUAGGUGAUUUAGGAUUAAGUAAACCUGCUACUGAAGUUGAAAAUAGUGAAAUUUAUGGAAUUAUUCCAUAUAUGGCUCCAGAGGUUCUUCAAGGACAAAAAUACACCAUAAAAUCAGAUAUUUAUAGUUUUGGUAUGAUUAUGUGGGAGUGGAUGACAGGCAGAAGACCUUUUUGGGAUCGUGCUCAUGAUAUUGAGCUGAUUAUUGAUAUUUGUGAUGGCUUACGUCCUCAAACAAGUAAUAUUAACGCACCUGAAGGUUAUAUUGAGCUAAUGAAAGAAUGUUGGGACCCUGAUCCAAGUAAAAGGCCAGCUAGAGGCAUCAGUAGUAUUUCAUUACAAAGGUUAUUAGUAUCUGACAAAACAACGAUACAAAUCAUUCAAACCAUAUCGGAUCAUUGUUUAAAUCUGUCUACUUUAGAAAUCAAAGUUGAUUCAACUACUGACAUCUCAAUAUUUCCUUAUUUAAAAAAUCUAAAUAUCAAAAUCUUGAAUAUACUGAUCUUUAUAAAUAACAAUGGCAUGGGUGAUUGGUUCAUUAGUUUGGCAAAUUCUUUGCCUACAAGUGUUAAAGAAAUCUCUUUUCAUAGUAUUACCCUGUUUCAUUCCUCUUAUUUUAAGAUCUUAUUAGAUAAUUGUCACGAGUAUUUGGUCACCAUUAAUUUAAAUGAUUAUAUUAAUUUAUAUAAUCUGAAGGCUGUCUUGGAUUACGCUGAAAGGAGUAAUCAUCAUUUAAGAUUACUCGGAAUUCGGAUGAAUGGAAAACGAUUGAGUGAUGAUGAGUCCCAAUUAAUGGAUAAAAUCAAGACGAAAGGAGUCAAUGUGAUGGAAUUUAAUAGUAUCUAUAAAGAGACGGAUUAUGUAUUUCAUCAAUAA